UCUUCAGUAAAUACCCCCCCCUCCCCCCACCCUCCUCCUCUCCUCCCCAGCCCUCAGCAAACCUCAUCUUCUCAUUCCCUUCUACCUGAGAGAUUUGACAGGUCUUUUUUAAGUGCGCUCGAGCGCGAGCACGAAAUUUUACUCAUUCCAGCACGGCGACGGUCGCGGGCGUGCGUAGACGAAAUAGAAGGGCACCCAAAAGAAAAAAUAACCGGGCUAUGCGGAUCGUAGCGGACUCGCCCCGUUCGCGCGUGACGGUAGCACAUGUAUACCCGCCAUCCGCCGGUGUAGGCUAUGAGGGACGGCGAGGGGGGAGCGUGUCUCGACGCCAAGAGGCAUCUAGGCCCCUCUCCCUAUCCAUUGUCGUUUUUGGUUUCCCUGUCCACUUCAGCGCUCUGCCGGAUUUUGUUUUUUUCCUCUUUUUUUUUUUCUUCAUUUCUUCUGGCAUCGGGUUCCACUGCGCGUUCCGGUCUGCAUGGCAGCGGCGGCGUUUUCGGGGGGAGAGAGCGGGAAGCGAGAUGUGCACACACAUAGAUACGGAGGAGGAGGGUGCGCGGAAGAGGAGAGGAGGCGCGGAAAGCGGUAGUAUAGGAAAGCAGGGCAGGCGUCCAGGAUGGAAGCAUAGCGAGCGAAUCAAUAAAUACACACCAUCGCCAGUUACCCCCUUCUUCCCCUUUCAGCACUGAGUAGUGAUAGGGCUGCUUACUCUAGGUCCGACGGGUGCGUCAGGGCCCGGGAUGUUUGGGAUGGCGGAAUGCAUGAAUGAAUGAAUGCGUUGCCUGCGUGUCUCUCCCGGCUGCAGCGCCAGCGCCAGCGGCCCUGACUCUCUCCCCCCCUCUCUCUCUCUGUGUGUGUGUGUCUGUCUGUCUAGGUAUACCCGUAGCCGUGGCGCUGUCUCUCUCUCUCUCUUUCU